AUCGUCAGUGAACUCAUUCAUUGUUGGAUGAGUCAUUCACUGACGAUGAGGAAUAGCAUUCAAUUUUUGGCGCUAGUAAUUUAAAAUCGUGGUUGAUUUAUCGAAAGAUUGUAGAAUGAAGCAAACUUUUCAUUGUAAGUAGUAUCGUACGGUAAUUAAAAGAAGUCGAAUAUUUGUGGGUAAAAUAUCAAUCGCCAUUGAUAUUGUAGAAUGUGACAUAAAGAUGGUAAAAGUACUCUAAAGGCAUAAGGAGGUUGGUCCUAUCUCGUCUAAUGGGUAAUACCACCAUAUUUGCGGUAGAUGUCAUUGCGCAUGCAUUAGUACGCAUGUAUCAGUGCGCAUACAUCAGUGCGCAGUAGUCAUCUUGUGUUGCGUCGAUGGAACGUUUCGAAGGAGGAGUUUCAGAAGGUUUUUGAUAAACGUGAUUAGAAUAAUAGGCGUGUCUCGAUUAAUAAUAUUCGACAACAAUUGUCAUAAAAGUAAAGGGUCGAAAGUAGUUUUGCAUUGAGCCUUAAUAGUAUUUCAAAGCUUUAGAAAUGCCGGACAUGUCCAGUAUAUCUCAUUAUCCCUUAAAGGUGCUGAAAGAGCGAGGAACGAUAUUCAAAACGACCGCGUAGCGACAGUGGCGCGAAUCAUCGGAAAGGAGGGUGGCGCCACUGAUGGACUAUAAGGGCCGCAUCGGUGAGGCGGUGUGGUUCAGUAGUGUGCGUGACCGUUCCGGGAGGAGGGUGGCUCCACGCGCGGCCACACCGCGAAACCGUGCCCACUCGCCUCAACCACGGACGUCCACUCGUUUUCUCGUCUCGUGAAAACAUGGCGGCCAGCGACGACGAGCCGAUGCAUCUCUACGAGGUCUUUCAAAACUGCUUCAAUAAGAUCGCCAACAAGCACCCCGAAAAGUUAGGCUUCCAGUCGCCGUAUGGCCCCACGAUGGACAAUGGAAUGACGUACGGUGGCGGAACGUACGGUCCAACGGCAGGAGGGCCAGGCGGGGGGCCAGGUGGAGGUGGAGGUGGUGGUGGCGGCGGAGGUGGCGGUGGCGGUGGCGGCGGAAAUGGCAGCGGUGGAGGCGGAGGAGGUGUCGAGGGCGCCACUUAUCCCCCGGAUUCUCCGUACUUCCCGUUCGGGACCAGGGCUGUUCCACCGUCCGUGGGGACGCCCACCCCCGCUGCUAACCCUGCCGCAGCAGCCACCGGCACCAACGGAGCACGGUUACCAAGUUCCACAGCCGGCGCCGCAGCUGCAAAGAGAAAGAAAGACCAGGCCCUCGACGGAGCGGAUGGCGAAGUGGUGACGACGCAGCACUGGAUGGAGGAUGACAGUCUCACGCAGUUAGGAAGCGUCUUUCAAUCAGCCUAUCAGUCGAUCGUCGGCGGUGGUGGUCAGUAUGGCUCGGACGAAUUUGGCCAGGACUCCCCUAGAUACACCUCCCCCAAAGCUGCGACCCUCUACGCAGAUCCUUAUUAUAUCGAUGGGAACGCGGCAGGAACGGGUCCCGGUGAUCCAUGGACAGGAGGCGGUGGCGGCGUUCAGCCCCCGUACAGCGGAUACGCACCCCCUCACCUGGCCCAACCAGCUUACCCUAUGCACCUACCCCACGACCCCAUGGCGUAUUCGGCCAUGUCGCCGAACGGAGAACCUGCGGCACCGAUUCUGGGCUCGGCGGUGACCAGUGCGGCCUCACUGCCACCGAUGUCGACAUUCCGGGGUAGCGGUGCGGUUGCGGCGAACAGUGGUACCGGUGCACCGUCCCCGGCAUCCUUGCAAUAUAGUCAUAGUCCUGGAGCACCGACCACCGCACCCUCCGCGCCCAAUCCUCCACCUACGACCAAUCAACCACCCGCGACGGGGGAUAACCUUGGCAAAACGCUCGCGUCUGUAGUAAGCACCAGAAUCUACCCCACGGACCAAUCAGUAUCGAGUUACAGCAGUAACCCAUCGACACCAGUCAGUUCGCCUCCACCUUUGACGGGUUCGGCGCCAGGUUGGGCACCAGGUGCAGCGCCGGUAUCCCCGCACUUCACGGCGGAUCCCAAUCGUGGAACCAUUCACAUGCCGGCGCCUGAACAGCAGAGGCUAGACGAUGCCAUCGGCUUCCUUCGCGACCAUGCCGAGUUGGUACAGGGAACGCGGAUGGAGGAACGACUGGACGAUGCCAUAAACGUUCUGAGGAACCACGCGGAGAGCCAACUGGGCCUUCACCUGGGCCCCGUUGGUCCACACGGUUCCAUCUACUCUCACACAUCACCACCGCAAUUGGACCAUUUGACGAGUCCACAUCCUGCGGUAACAGUGACGCAACCUCAGGGCUUUUAUUCUGGUCUCACGCCAACGCCCGACACGGACGGUUCCAUCAAAAUAGAAAAGUUACCUGUGACGAAUGCCAAAUACGUCUCUUUAGAAAAGAGAAAGGAACCACCGGAUAGUAGCGGCGGUGAAACGAAACCUUCGAGCAGCGAGUUGGCGGCAGCAGGUGUGAUCGGCGCGGCCACGGUCAAUUCUACGUCGCAAGGAAAAGGGACGAAGAGAUCGCGUAGAUAUUGUUCGAGCGCUGACGAAGACUGCGACGAUCCCAGCACUAAAGCGGUGCGCGAAAAGGAACGUCGCCAGGCCAACAACGUGCGUGAAAGGAUACGUAUCAGAGACAUCAACGAGGCUCUGAAAGAGCUUGGAAGAAUGUGUAUGACCCACCUGAAAACGGACAAGCCUCAAACGAAGCUCGGUAUCCUAAACAUGGCCGUCGAAGUGAUCAUGACGUUGGAACAACAAGUUAGAGAACGAAACCUGAAUCCAAAGGCAGCAUGCUUGAAGAGGAGGGAAGAAGAAAAAGCAGAAGAUGGUCCUAAACUACCCGGACAUCUCGCAGCGCACAUAGCUCACCCACAUCCUCAUCCCCACGCGCAUUCUCAGCCACCUUUCUCCGCGAUGCCUGGUCCACCACCGCCGCUUCAGCACAAUCCGUCGCAGCCGCAGUAGCAGCGGCUCAGUGGCGGUGUGAUCCUGUGUUAAAGGGGUAGAUACGGCUUAAAGUUGUCAUAGUUUUUUGGAACUUUCGCGGGACUUGCACAUACAGAUAGGACAUUUUUUUCCCCCUCCCCCUACCCUGUCGAUCGUACACCGAUGGUGUACGAGAGAAAAUCGUGAGGGGUAUUAACGCGGCGUUAUACAGAGACACAGGUGCGCGCGCGCGUGUUAACACUACUCGGAACGUAAUUUCAUUUACGUUGAAUCGUGGCGAGGUUGAAUCGCCGAUGAAAAGGUAUCGAAGAGAUGAUGCCGUUUAGAAAUAUUGCUGUGCGCCAAGUGCAGCGCAGAACACUGUGUGCCGUAUAUGAUUCAGAUGCGAGAGAAUCGCGAUAAUAUCCUAGAGUUCUCCUUUAGCGAGCCUCUCGUACAGGCCGUACGAGGCAAACGGAGAAUAAUUUCUGUAUGUCUAUUGCGAGCGUCAAACGAGAUAAUGAGUGAGGAAACGAGCGAAUGAAACGAGAGUACGAGAUUGGAACGGGUGCUUUUUAAGAGGUAUCUACCCCAUCCCACUCCCCGAAGGCGGCUUCAAAUUAUUUUUAUAAAUAGCGAGAAGACAAAGGAAUACGUGUAGGAGAUGUUUGCAGUAAUUCCUACUCGACGGGUUCUGAUUGAAAUUCAAGACAUUUUUAAGAGAUCGUUUGGUGCAUCCGUUAUCGCUCGAUGUUCCUCCUCCUUUGUUUACGUCCAUUCUGAAUAUCAUUCACACCUGUCAUUUUAUUCUUUUUCUAGUAUAGUACCUCUUUAUUGCCACGAGAUCGUUUUUGCGACAAUUUGGCCCUCCAGAAAGAGAACCCACCUCGCCAUCCUUACGCACAACCUCCCAGUUGUUAAAAUGCACGACAAUCCGUUAUCGUUUCAAACGGAAUCCCUCUAAGGUAAGUCUGAAAUUUAAUUCGAGUACCUCGAUUGCCGCGAGAAUUUUCAACUCGUUAAUUGUAUAUUUUUCUGUUCGACUGUUGUUUCACUGUUCUUCGUGAUAUUAUAUCGAAUUUGCAAUUUUAUCGUGUCGAGAAGAUUUGGUUUGAUAAGUUCUGACUGAUGGGUAAACUGUACCCUGCUGUUAAUUGAAUAAGCAAUUAAUUAUUCUUUGUUGAUAAUCGUAGUCGUGAACUUAGUUCAUUAUAAUGUCCUAUUUAUCAAAAUCGAGUUGCUUCUUGAUACAUUACCUUUUAUGUACAUAUGUUUACUUGUGACGCCGUACAGCUGCUCCGUUUUCCUCGUGACUCGUCAAGUUUUUAUUUAUAAAAUUUAUUUAAAUAAAUUAAAAUGCAAGGGCAACUGCAUGGUCGUCGAAUCGAACUGCGUUUUUGUUUAAGAACAAAAUAUCCCUUUUGACUUUUAAUCGAUCAGAGGUACGUUACACCUUGGUACGUACACACGAUAUUAACUUUUUUUAUAUUUCUCUCCGUUUCCGUUCCACUUUUCCACAUUACAUUUUAAUUUCACGAAUGAAAGGUAUAUCGCAGCCUGUUGCGAUCUCAGAAUUUUAACAAAAUUUUCGUAUUCUUAGAAUGAAACGUUGCAUAUCAAAAAUAAAAAGGAAUGGAUGAACAUUUCGUGUGCGUGUAAGACCGAUCUCAGGAACACAGUCAGAAUCUUCUAAUUAGAUAUAAAAGCGCGUAAGAAAAGUCAUGAAAUCGUGCAUUGAAUUAUCUUUUAACGAAGCUUUGAUUUUGAUGUGAACCGGUUGAACAGAGAUUGCUACAAAUGUCUCCUACAAUAAUAACGACAAUAAAUAGCUCGUAAGCCCGUCUAAGCUAGGCACACCUGUCUAUAGUCUUAGAUAGUCAAAAGUGGAAAAGCGAAAUAAGGUGAAGAGAGUGCGCCAACAGUUCGGUUCGAGUUGUAAUCGACGAUCGCGAUUAUAUAUAAAAGAAAAAAAAUGAAAUAAGGUGUUUUUACGCGAACGUGUUAUAUGUGACAUUUUUUCGGUCACCAAUUAUUUAUAUAUGGUAUUAGUUACGUUUAAGACUUUCGAAAUCGUUCUUGAAUUUUAGUUUAAUCCUUUUUCUUUUCGACUAUUCAGGCAUACUUACUCUUCCGUUUUUUCUCUUUACUAUUUUCCUCCCUCUUCUUAAAGCGUAUUAUACAGAUUGUUGCGAGAGUCGAGACCGGUUGUCUUUUUUGUUGAUUCUCGUUAUAGAACGACAAGAUCGCAUCGAUCGUUUGAAUUGAAAAUUAUAUUAUAUAAGCGAUCCACGAGUUGCAGAGUUUUCAUCUUUUUUUCCCCCCCUCGCCCCCCCUAGAACUCUGAAACUCGCGGUUCCUAUUUGGAUCGAUGCGAUCUUCUCGCAUCGAUCGUGUAUCACGCGUUGCGUUAAAUAAAAAGAAAAAAAAAAGAAGCAUAUCGUUGAAAACUUGGCUAAGCAGAAUGCCGCUAGGUUUAUUAAAUUGACAAUUAAUGAUCGCGCGGUCGAACGACGACGCUGAUGAGAGAGCCCAGGUUUGCCCGGGACACGAUUGUCGACGAGUGAAAUCACACGUGUAUAUUAGAUCUAACGACAUUAUUGUAUAAUAUGUAAUUAAACGAGAAGUGUACGUAGGUCUGGCGUGGCUAGUUCGCGUGACACCGGGCCUUAAAUGAAAACAGAAGAAAAGAAAGCAAGAAAGGUGAAGAAAGGAUAAUCGAGAACGAUCGAUCUUUCUGACAAGCAAGCGAUUGUUAACAGAACAAGACGCGACUCUAUUAACAUCGAUGAAGCACGAGCUGAAUAUUAUACAUAUAUUUGAAAGAAAGAAAGGAGAGAGUGGGUGAGUGAAUGCGAGAGAAAAAGAGAGAUAACGUGUGCGUCGAGAGAGCGUUUCGUUUGAGAAA